CUCCCGAGAUUUUUUUGAGAGGGUUUUCCCAACUUUCCAGAAGUUUCUCGCCGGCCCCUUAUAUACCCCCUCCGCCGGCCCGGGAGGUGCGCAGGGGAGCUGAGUGAAGCCGCGUCCCGACCCCAAAGGCGCUGGGAGCAGCUGGAGCCAUGUGGAUCGUGCUGGGGUUGGCCCUGUGCGGCCUGGCCGCGGCCGUGCCCUCGGAGGACAGGAAGCUGAGCGACAAGGCCACCACGCUGGCCGAGCGCAGCACCACGCUGGCCUUCAACCUCUACCACGCCAUGGCCAAGGACAAGGACAUGGAGAACAUCCUGCUGUCCCCCGUGGUCGUGGCCUCCUCCCUGGGCCUCGUGUCCCUGGGGGGCAAGGCGGGCACGGCGUCGCAGGCCAAGGCGGUGCUGAGCGCGGACAAGCUGAACGACGAGUACGUGCACAGCGGGCUGUCCGAGCUGCUCAACGAGGUCAGCAACAGCACCGCCCGCAACGUCACCUGGAAGAUGGGGAGCCGCCUCUACGGCCCCGCCUCCAUCAACUUCGCCGACGACUUCGUGAAGAACAGCAAGAAGCACUACAACUACGAGCACUCCAAGAUCAACUUCCGCGACAAGAGGAGCGCCCUCAAGUCCAUCAACGAGUGGGCGGCGCAGACCACGGACGGGAAGCUGCCCGAGGUCACCAAGGACGUGGAGAAGACGGACGGGGCCCUCAUUGUCAACGCCAUGUUCUUCAAGCCUCACUGGGAUGAGAAGUUCCAUCAUAAGAUGGUGGACAACCGUGGGUUCAUGGUGACCCGUUCCUACACCGUGGGGGUGCCCAUGAUGCACCGCACAGGUCUCUACAAUUACUAUGAUGACGAGACAGAGAAGCUCCAGGUGGUGGAGAUGCCCCUUGCUCACAAGCUCUCCAGCAUGAUCUUCAUCAUGCCAAACCACGUGGAGCCUCUGGAGAGGGUUGAGAAACUGCUGAACAAGGAGCAGCUGAAGACCUGGGCUGGCAAGAUGAAGAAGAGAUCAGUGGCCAUCUCGCUGCCAAAAGUUGUCCUGGAAGUCAGCCAUGACCUUCAGAAACACUUGGGUGGCCUGGGCCUGACAGAAGCCAUUGACAAGACCAAGGCUGACUUGUCCAAGAUCUCUGGCAAGAAGGACCUUUACCUGUCCAACGUGUUCCACGCGGCUGCCCUGGAGUGGGACACGGACGGGAACCCCUACGACGCCGACAUCUACGGGCGCGAGGAGAUGAGGAACCCCAAGCUGUUCUACGCCGACCACCCCUUCAUCUUCAUGAUCAGAGACACUAAAACCAACUCCAUCCUCUUCAUCGGCCGGCUCGUGAGGCCCAAGGGUGACAAGAUGCGGGAUGAGUUGUAGUGGGUUGGUGCUUUUGGUGGUUUUUUUUUUUGUUUUCUCCCAGAGCUUUGGUUUGUGUGUGUGUUUUUUAGUGGGCGAUUUCGAACAAGGGGCAACACUCUUUUGUAUCCUUCUCGAACCAUGGGUGCUAUUCAGACCAGGGUGCAUUGUGAUGAGGAACCAGCAGACACUUUACCUCACCCCCUCCCAAAUCCCUGUUGCACAAACCCACCUCCGGAGAGGAUCAGGGGAGCCGGGCACAAGAGGGUCACCUGGAGCAGAAGGGAAGUGGCAUCCUCAGGGAGGUGUCCAGGUUGAAGCCCAGCUCCUCCCUGCACUAGUUACGCCUCCUGCUGCGACCACCGUCCCUCCCAAAUGCUUCUGUGUCCCUGCCACUCGCUUUUCUCCUGCUUGGAUGCCCUGUUUAAACCCAGAGCUUGAGAGCUGCCCUUCCUGCCUUCCCAACGCUCCUCUGCUGCAGCUCUGUGGUGGUUUAGAUCCCGUUUGCUGGCCUGGGGAAGGGCAGGCUCAAACCCAAAUGUAUUUAUAUUAUAUUUAUGGCUGAUAAUUAGCCUGAAGUUUCACAGCCUGAGCCAGCCUAGACUUGGAGGUGAUUCCUAUCUUCUUCUUUUUAAGGGAUAUUGUAGUAUCCCACCAGCAUUCCAGGUCAGCCACGCCUGGCACACCUCACGUGGCAAACAGGAUCAUUGGAUCAAGGGACAUCUGUGCAUCCCAAGGGCAGUGCCAGUUCUUUGGAACCACCACAGAACAACCACGUGGCUUUGCUUGAUUUUUUAAUUUCCCUGCUCAUUUCCUUGCUGUCUUAGAAGCCCAGUACUGCACAUUCCCAGCUCUCCCCACUGUGGUGGGAGGCAGGAGGCGAUGCCAGGGAUGCAUCCAAUGCCCAGGAAGCCUGGACACUUCCCAGUGAGUCAGCACUGACCCCACAUGCUGUAGAAGGUUCUGGAGGAUAGGGAGGGGGUAAGAGGGGUGGGCAAGGCAGGAACACACCGUGGGAUGUUGGGAAUUGUUUGCAUCGUGUGGAUGCAGGUGGUGUGAGGGCUUUUAUUGUCUGGUCUUGUGCCACACAGUGACAUAAAUGUGUAAUUUUGCAAUAAAACUUUUUUUCAAUGAA